CUCUAUAUAUAAAAAAAAUUCCACCAAUCCAAAGAAAAAAAAAGAAAAAUUUUGGGAAAAAAAAUGGAGGUUUUGAUGAUUUUGGUAGUGACAGCAUCUAUAUUUUGCUUAUGCAAAAUCAGAAACUGGUGGAACUUCACCAGCACCACCAAAUCAUCAAAGAUUCCUUUGGGAAGCUUUGGAAUCUUCCCUUUUGUUGGAGAAACAAUUCACUUCAUCUCUUCCGCUUAUUCCGACCGGCCGGAAAGCUUCAUCGACAAACGCCGCCGCACGUAUGGGAAGGUUUUCAAAUCACAUUUAUUUGGGAGUCCAACUAUAGUGUCGAGUGAUGCGGAAGUGAGCAAAAUAAUUCUUCAAAGUGAUGCAAGAACUUUCAUCCCAUCUUAUCCCAAAUCCCUAAUGGAAUUGAUGGGGAAAUCUUCGAUUUUGGUCAUUAAUGGAAGUUUGCAGAGGAGAAUUCAUGGAUUGAUUGGAAGUUUCUUCAAAUCUUCAACCCUAAAAUCCCAAAUCACUGCAGAGAUGGAGAGGUAUGUGAUGGAAUCAAUGGGAAGAUGGAGAGAGGAUUCCCCAAUUUACAUCCAAAAUGAAGCCAAGAAUAUUGCAUUUCAAGUGCUAGUCAAAGCAUUAAUUAGUUUGGAUCCUGGUAUUGAAAUGGAGCUGCUAAAAAAAUAUUUUCAAGAAUUUAUUGCUGGACUUAUGUCCAUUCCAUUAAAUUUUCCUGGCACUCAGCUCUAUAGAUCAUUGCAGGCAAAGAGGAAGAUGGUAAAGAUAAUUGAUGGGAUAAUCCAAGAAAAAAGGGGGUGUAAUGAAGGAGUAACAAAAGAUGUAGUGGAUGCAUUGUUGAAUGAUAAGAAUGAGCAAUUGACAGAUGAAUUAAUUGCUGAAAAUAUGGUUGAUUUGAUGAUUCCUGGAGAGGAUUCUGUCCCACUUCUCAUGUCUCUUGCCAUCAAAUACCUCUCAGAUUGUCCACCUGCUCUCACUCAAUUAACAGAAGAGAACAUUAAGCUGAAGAAGCACAAGGAGAAGCUCAAGGAGCCAUUUUCUUGGAAUGAUUAUGUAUCUUCUUUGCCCUUUACACAAAAAGUGAUCACGGAAACAUUAAGGAUGGGAAACAUAAUCACAGGAGUGAUGAGAAAAGCAAUGAAAGAUGUGGAAAUAAAGGGGCAUUUGAUCCCAAAAGGAUGGUGUGUUUUUGCAUAUUUCAGAUCAGUGCAUUUGGAUGAUAAAUUGUAUGACUUCCCUUAUCAGUUCAAUCCAUGGAGAUGGCAAGAUAAGGAAAUUAACAAUAGCAACUUCACCCCAUUUGGAGGUGGACAGAGAUUGUGUCCAGGUCUUGACUUGGCCAGGCUGGAGACUUCUAUUUUCCUACAUCAUUUUGUUACCCAAUUCAGAUGGGAAGCUGAGGAUGAUUCCAUUGUUAAUUUUCCGACGGUGAGGAUGAAGAGACGAAUGCCAGUGUGGAUCAAAAGAAGAAGAUACUCUUAAACAUUUUUUGAGGUGACUUCUCAACAAACCCUAAAAAUUCUCACUUUGAAAAAAAUUACAAAAGAAAUUGACUAGGUGACAAAACUACCAACCAACAUGAAGACAAGAAAGUAGAUUUAUUUUCAAAAAAUUGAAAGUUGUUGUUAUGAAGUGCACACGUGUGGGGCAAUUUGAGACUGACGUAGUAUGCCAUUUGUAUCCAAUAAUGUUGUUGUUUUCCUUUUAUUAUAAAAAUAUAAAUUUAGAGGUAGAUUAUAGAUAUAUAAUGUAUAAUGUUUAGGAAUUCCAUGUAAGAAUUAUGUGUGAUUAUAUCCAUAUUUUAUGUAUUUUAUAGAUAUAAUGUAUAUGAUAUAUACCAAGUAGAUUUUACAUUCGACAUGUAAGAACAUUGUAUAAUCACUUUGAGG